AUGGUGACAGUGAUCUCGAAAAAGUCAAUUUCAUUCAUCGGGCAAUCAUUGGCGUCGCAAAUCGAUCAAGAGUUGUUCACCAAAUACUGUUUCAAAGUCGAACAGCUCAUGGAGUUGGCGGGAUUGGCGGCGGCUCAAGCAAUCGCCACGCAUUACCCAAAAGGCAAAGUUGCCGUUCUAUGCGGUCCGGGCAAUAACGGAGGCGACGGAUUUGUGUGCGCGCGGCAUCUCCAACAAUUCGGAUUUGCUCCACAAAUUGUCUAUCCCAAAGAAUCAAGGAAUGAGCUCAUGAAAAGCUUAGUACAGCAAUGCCUUACCUCCGACAUUCCUGUAAACUCUAACCUCCCGCAAGACCUGAAAACCUUCAAUCUCAUAGUGGAUGCCCUAUUCGGUUUUUCGUUCGUCCCGCCCAUCCGCGAUCCCUUCAACGACAUCAUCAAAUCCGUGGUCGAUAGUGGAGUACGCGUAUUCUCCAUAGAUAUCCCUUCAGGUUGGAAUGUGGAAACUGGCGCCAGCGAAGGAAUCGGAAUCAAACCGCACUCUGUCAUUUCUUUGACAUUACCAAAGUUGUGCAUGAAAUCAUGGACGGGACCACAUUUUCUUGGCGGACGAUUCGUACCGAAGAAGCUUGUUGACGAACACAACUUGCGAAUGCCCAAUUAUCCGGGGCACGAGCAAAUUGUGAAAAUCGAAGACUGA